AUUCAAUAUUGCAUCUAAAGUGUUUUUGAUAAACAUAAUUUUAUUUCUGCUGAUAGAAAUAACAUUUAUCCAAAAUGUCUGGUACUGGAAAAUACGUUCGUGCGCCACGCCAUGCAUCCGUGAGUGAGAACGGCGAUUCUUCUGGUGAUGAAAUUGAGGUCGGGCGGUUUGUACGUGCCCCGCUUGUUCAUUCUUCUAUGGCAGAAAUCGAGGAUGAUGACCAAUAUGCUCACUACUCAUCCAGAACGGAUUACAAGAAAAGGCUGGAGGCGAGGGUGUUGGAACUAGAAAGCGUCAUCAAUAAUCUGAAGGAUAAACAACGCGGUUCUCGAAGCGAACCUACGGAUUGUGAGACAAGUCCACCGGCCAUCCCAUACAUUGCUCCUUUGACCGACCCUAGCAUCACACCUUCUGUGCCAUCCACCAGUGGCGGUAACGUACGAUGGGAAAACAUUAAGCCAUUUCCGAAAGGUGUGCCAGCUACCAAAAUGUGGGAAGCAUGGAUCCGCUUCUUGGAGGAUUUCGAGAUGGCGGUUUCACUUUCGAACCUCAAAGACCCAAGGCGGCGUAUCGAGCUCCUCCUACUGUCGAUGGGUGAUGAGCUGAAAAGCAUUGUGCGAGCGGCGAAGCUGAGACCCACCAACGAUGAUGAUGAUUGUUAUAACCAUUUGGUUUAUAACAUCGAUCAAUACCUCAAGGCCUUGACCGAUCCGGCGGCAGAACACGAAGACUUCUCCAAAAUGUGUCAGGAAGAAAGUGAAUCCACGGUGAAAUUUCAUGCUCGGCUAACAGAGAAGGUGCUGCUAUGCGACUAUAGUCCGAUGGAUCAGGAGCGAUUCGUCCGAACGCAACUCUUGAGAGGCCUCCGGAAUCAGGAGGUAAAGAAGAUGGCACGAACAUAUGGACAUGACUCCAACACUAUAGUCCAAGCAGCGACACGAGCUGAAGCGUUCCAAUCCGAAUUUUCGAUUUCUGGCUCCGAGACGAAUGUUUUAGCAGUAAGCAGUAAAGGGUACUGGACCAUGCAAGGUCAGCGCAAGCGACAGUCAGCAUUACAUCACGCGUCGGGAAAUCUGACGAAGAAUUUUAAAUACGAAAGGUCGUCGGAUAACCAGCAGAACUUGAGCCGUCGUUACAGAUGUCCCAGAUGCCACAGGCCUGGUCACAAAGAUAGGGUUUGUCCAGCGCUAAGCAAAACAUGCAAUUCCUGCGGCCAGCGAGGCCAUUUCGCCGUAGCAUGCCGAGUAGGUCGUAUAAGCACGCUGAAGGACAAAUGUUCAGAGAUUCCUGUGGAAGAAGAUCGAAAGGAACAGUUUAUCAAUGCUCUAUCAAUCCAAGAUGUUCUUGUGGACUGCCGUAUCGGCUCGUCAAGCCCGAUCAAAUUUCUGAUUGAUAGCGGAGCAGACGUAAAUGUUAUAGGAGGGGUAGACUGGCAUAAGUUGGAGCAACAAGCUGCUUUGGAUACAAUCACACUUCUGCGUAAACCAGUUUCUCAGUGCACCGAUAUUCGAGCAUAUGCAACGGACAAGCCAAUGCAGAUAAAACACUGCUUCCGUGCUGAAAUAGAAGCAGUCGGAUUGAUGAAGCCGAUAGUUAUGGCUGACUUUGUAGUCGUAGAAGAAGGUAGAAGGUCCCUGCUGGGUAGAGCUACGGCCGGUGAAAUGGAGUUAUUGAAGGUCGGCGAAAUGGUAAAUACUUGCGAGAAAUUAUCAGCGUUCCCAAAAGUACCUGGCGUAAGAAUCAGAUUUAGUAUCGAUCCUACUGUUCUGCCAGUUCGGAAUGCCUAUUAUAAUAUCCCAGCCGCCUAUCGGGAGGAAGCUCGUCGGCGACUCGAACAAAUGGAAACACGAGGAAUCAUUGAGAGGGUAAUUUCAGCUCCUCAAUGGAUCAGUAGUAUGUCCGCUGUGCCGAAGGGCAAGACAGACUUCCGUUUGGUGGUGAAUAUGAGGGCGCCAAAUAAGGCCAUCAAACGGGAGUAUUUUCGGUUGCCGCUCAUCGAUGAGAUGAAAGUCAAGUUGCAUGGAGCUAGAUUUUUCACUAAGCUCGAUCUAUCAGAUGCAUUUUAUCAUCUGGAGCUAAGUGAAGAAUCGCGCGAGCUGACUACGUUCCUGGCAGAGAACGGAAUGUUCCGCUUCACACGCCUAAUGUUUGGCGUCAAUUGCGCACCAGAGGUGUUCCAACGCGAGAUGUCGCGCAUUCUGAAGGACGUUGAGAACAAAAUAGUGUACAUCGACGACAUACUACUAUUUGCAGAUUCCCUUGAGCAGCUUAGAGCAACAGUUACUCAUGUUUUGAAAGUGUUGAGGUCUAAUAACCUUACCUUAAAUACGUCGAAGUGCGAGUUUGAUCGAUCACGACUUAUCUUCUUGGGACACGAAGUCAGCGAAAAGGGUUUCAAUAUCGACGCGUCUAAAGUAAAGGAUAUCCAGACAUUUCGACACCCAACUACGUGUUCGGAGCUUCGAAGUUUUCUUGGACUUGCAUCUUUUGUAAGUCCGCAUAUCAAAAACUUCGCCGAAAUAUCUGCUCCCUUGUGGUCGGUUUCAACAGCGCUAAAAUGGAGUUGGGGGGAUGAGCAGCAGAACGCUUUCGAGCUCGUGAAACAACGCAUUAUUGAUUCGACUACUGCAUUGGGGUUCUUUUCGGAGUCAGAUAAAACAAUAUUAUAUACCGAUGCCUCUCCGAACGCAUUAGGAGCCGUGUUGGUUCAGGAGAACGAUGAAGGAAUCUCGCGAAUUAUCAGUUUCGCCUCCAAAUCUUUAACGGUAACCGAGAAAAAGUAUGCGCAAAAUCAACGUGAAGCGCUGAGCGCAGUUUGGGCGGUGGAGCAUUUCUCCUACUUCUUGCUGGGCAGAUAUUUCAUUUUGCGGACAGACGCUCAAGGGAUGACGUUUAUUUUGAGUAGAUCUCGAGAAGAAUCCAAAAGAGCAUUAACGAGAGCUGAUGGUUGGGCUUUGCGCCUCAGCCCAUACAACUAUGAUGUUGAGUAUAUUAGAGGACAUGAUAAUAUCGCGGAUCCAUCAUCGAGGCUGUAUCGCGGAGAAGAUGAAGCAUUUAAUGAAGAGCUAAGCCCAUGGGAAGUCUGUCACUUGGAACCACGUAAUAUUGAAUUUCUAACUGAAAAUGAAAUUCGGGAAUGCACGGAGAAAGACGACACCUUGGUACAGGUAAGUCGUGCCUUGGAAACAGAAAUAUGGCCAAGAAACUUAAUGAGAUUCAAAUCCAUUGCAAACGACUUAGUUUUCGUUGAUGGAAUUCUCGUAAAAAAGGGUUGUAUCGUGAUACCUGAGAAUCUUCGUGAAAGAACCCUGGAUAUAGCUCACGCUGGUCAUCCACUAGAGGCUAAAUUGAAAAGCAUACUACGUAAGCGCGUAUGGUGGCCGGGCAUGCCUACUGAUGCAGAAAACUGGGUGAAGUCUUGUGUUGUCUGUGCAGUGAAUGGCCGUCCGCAAAAGCCCCCACCAAUGCAAAGGAGCUUUGCCCCAAAGGGAGUAUGGGAAACUAUCGCCGUUGACUUCAACGGGCCAUAUAUGAAGCUGGGAGGUAUAUCUAUCCUGGUAAUAAUUGACCUAAGAUCUAGAUAUGCGAUUGCUCGUCCAGUAAAAUCAACGAAGUUCGAGUAUACCAGAGCAGUGUUCGACUCAGUAUUUGAAAGGGAAGGUUUCCCCAGGGCCAUAAAGUCGGACAAUGGUCCGCCAUUCAACGGCGAGGACUAUACGAAAUAUUGCUCUGAACGAGGUAUACAAACGGUAUUUUCAACGCCAUUCUAUCCUCAACAAAACGGCUUGGUAGAAGGAUUUAUGAAAAUUAUAAAUAAAGCUAUGUCUGUCGCAUUAUCAGCAGGAACAAACUAUCAAAAAGAAUUGCAAGCAGCCGUACAGGCCUACAAUGCAGCAGACCACAGCAUAACAAAAAUGCCACCAGAGGAAGUAUUGGUCGGCCGAAAAAUUAAGCGCGGGCUUCCGCUUCUGGAUUACGGUAGGAUUUUUCAUGAUGAACAAUUAUUGGACGUUAGAGAUCGUGAGGCCAAACUGCUUUCAAAGCGACGAGAGGAUACGCGACGUGGAGCUAAAGAGAAUAAAGUGAAACCUGGACAUACCGUUAUUGUAGAACGCCAAUCACGCACUAAAGGCGAUAGCCGCUUCAGCUCUAAACGGUACACGGUUACGGAGGAGCGAAACGGUCAUUUGGUCCUGUGUGAUGCGGAGGGGCAGCUGCUCAGGCGUCACGUUUCACAAACCAAAAAAGUCGGGGACUGGCGUGGAGAAAAGUCGGUUGAAGCUCCAAGAAGGGAUUCCGAUUCCAUAAAUCCUGCUGGAGAGAGUCACCACGAUCGUCCUCAGAGGGAAAAACGUCUUCCUUCUUACCUAUCCGAGUACGCCCUAACAGUUGAGCAGUGA